AUGGCCAAACAGUCCUUGAUACCCGCCUCCGCGCCGACCUCCCCUGCCGUGCACCGCAACAAGCAAAACCAGCAGCCCACCACCCCGCAACGGCCCCUCCAUCAUUCGGCGAGCGCAAGGCAAUAUACCUCUCCUUUCUCCCCCGCAAUCUCCUUCUCCUCGCCGUAUACUCCAUUGAGCCAUCGAUCUUUUUCCUCUACUGCAUCAAGUCUCGCGACACCCGCAUCUGCCGCUCCCGCUGGCCGACGCCGGAACCUCAGCCUCUCCCUCUCGUCCCCGGAGGUACCAACUGUCAACAACCCAAACCGCAGCCUCGCCGACAUCGCCCCGAACUGGCGCACGAGGGCGAACGAAAAUGGUAUCAAAGUGUCUCCCAGCGGUGCAUCCAAGUUCCAAAUUGAUGACGAUAGCUUCUGUGACCUCAGCACAUCCUCCGUGGACGAAUCGCUACUUCCGGCGCCGUUCCUGUCCAACCAGCGCCGUGCCCGCGCGCUCUCGCAUGCAUAUGCACCACUCGUUCCGGUCACACAGAACGCACUAGCGACCCCCAACCGCUCGAUUCCGAACAUGGGUAUCAUGAACACCCCUCCUCCUCAACCUGGAUACCGCCUCCGUGGAAGUGUUACCGACCCUGCGCACACGCGUCGUCGUCCUAUUUUCGAACAGACCUCAGAGCUGUACGACAUAGAUGAGGACGACUAUGCGAUUUACUCCGAGGCUUAUUCCCCACCUACCCAUUCCCAGACUCUUCCUCUAGCAUUCAAUGAUCCGUUCAAUAUUUCCAAUCUUUCUAUCUCUGCAAUCGCCAACAUGUCGGAACCUGUACAACUUUACGAGACACCUCAGUACUUCCCACCCCCUCCUAGGAAGGCCCCAGCCGCACCGUCUACUUGCUCGGUUUGCGGGAUGGCCAAGGGGUCUCUGGCGAUUCUCAAGCCGUGUGCCCAUCCUCUGUGCUCGGCUUGCCUUACGAGCGCAUUGAACAUCGUCGGCGAGAAGGACAUGGAGUGCGCCAUGUGCCACAUGAAGGUGGACGACUUCUCUCUCUGCAAGGCUGCGUUCGACAACGGCGCUUCCAUGACCUCGGAGUCGAAGCUCCAACGGAUCAUCGAGGAGUGCAGCGAGAUCGAGGAGUUUGACAGCGGCAUCGGGCUCCUUCCCAGUGCUUUUGGUGGUAGGAGCGGUGACGACAUGGGCCUAUUUGACGACGACGAGGGGUUCAUGGAUCGUGCCCAGGGCGCCUCUACCCCAGUUCGUGAACAUCACGCUUCAGGCCGUAACAACGCCCGCUCGUCCGAGCGCGUCGUGCUCCGCAUCGACAACGUGCCAUGGGACAUCACCCCUCCCGCCAUCGCGCAGUGGCUCAGAUACCCUGUAGAACGCGUCCACGUCCUCCUCGAUCGCAAAGGCAAAACAAUGAGCCAUGCUUUCGCUGAGAUGGUCGACGAAGAUGCGGCAAAGGCUGCUCUUCGUUGCUCUCAAAACUCCGUCCUGGGCAAGGGGAAGCGGGCGCGCGGAGUCACCGUUACCCGAAGCAGCCAGGAAGAACUUAUGCGAGCGCUCUUCCCCUCCUGGCAGGGCAACUUCGACGGCUCGCGUCCCUCUCUCGCGGGUCUCAGCAAUGAGAACGUCAUUUCCACUCUGCAGCGCGGCCUGAUCUCUGAAACGGAGCUGAACUCGCUGUUGCACCUUAUCAAGUCUCCCGAUAGCCAUUUCCUUAAGGUUCCGUCCUUGCCAUUCUAUUCCUUGAUCGGCAUCCUGUCGAAGUUCCCUGCGGAUGAUGAUAGUCGCGUGUUCUGGUCUGGUACCCUCAGAGAUUCCCUUUAUGCUGCUGUCCAGAUCCUGAUGACUCGGAUCGAGGAGAACCCCCUGUCAGACUGGGCCAACCCGUUGUCGCAGAUCGUCCGCGCCGCCCUGGACUGUCAAGCGUUCACCCCAGAGCAAAUGGGCAAGCUCUCGGACAUCCUAGAGGCGGCUCUACCCCGAUCGACGUCUUCUCCUCCUCCGACUCACACCCCAAGAUCUCGGAGUUCAGCCAGCAGCCGGCAAUCGAGCUACAGCGGACGUGCUGUACAUUCCCCUGGGGCGCUCCAGAUCGACGCUGUCGGAAAUCUGGCGAAGGAGUUCGGUGUCGACCCGCUCGUCGUCGAAGCUCUUGCGCAGCGGCUUGCGGCGAUUCACUGA